AUGUGUGGGGUGGAUGGAUGGUUUUGGUUUUGGGGGGGGGUGGUGGAGAUGUGGGUGGUGGUAAAGGGUGUGAUUUUAAGUUGGGGGGUGGGGGGUAUGGGGGGGUGGAGGAGGAUGAUGGUUGGGGGUGGGGGGGGUUUGGAGUUUGGGUUUGAGGGGAGUGGAUUAGUGAGUAAGAGUGGGGUGGAAAUGGUGAGGGGGGGGUUGGUGGUAGUGGGAGAUGGUGGGUUGGGGGGUUGGGUGUUUUGGGUUUGGGUUGGGUGGGUGGUUGUGGAAGAGGAAAAAAGUGAGGGGGUGGGGUGGAAGAUGUAG